AAGAAACUCUCUACUUAUUUGUUUUGCUUUAUCUUCUUACAAUUUCGAUAGAUAAUGGACAAGAUCAACAAGAUUGCUGACGUACAAGAUGGAGAGAUCAGCAUUGGAAAGAUAGAUCCACGAGAAUUUGGAUGGGAUCUUACCAAAUUUUAUGAAUAUAGCGGUUCGCUCACGACUCCUCCUUGCACGGAAGAUGUCAUGUGGACCAUCAUCAGCAAGGUGGGGACUGUUUCGCGUCAGCAAAUUGAUUUAUUGACCGAUGCUCGUCGCGGUGGUUAUGAGAAGAAUGCAAGACCGGCUCAACCCCUUAACGCCCGUCUGGUUUAUUUAAACGAGCAGUCCAGUCCAAGUCCAAGUCCAAAAAUACAAAUACCACGAGUUGGUCCUUACUGAGACUGUCUUAUAGGACAAGGCAA